AUGUGUCGUCCCGUCGUCGCCGCCACGAAGUUCAUCGGCGUUGGCUCGCUAGGUCUAUUAACUGGCGUCUCAUUUGGCGCUUCCUUUGCGACCAUAAAAUCCUUAUUAACUCUUCCAUCGGCUCCCGCUGCACACCGCUCUUUCACACAUCUAACAACCACCCUUUCAACGCUCACUACGCCAUUGACAUACCUAACCACCGUCUCCUUCUUAACCGCCUACUUAUUCUCACCAUCCUAUAAACGACAUCCGUAUCUUCUCAUCACCGCUAUGUUACCGGUAUUAAGCAGUGGAUAUGCUAGUAUAGUGUUAUCGCCCAAGACGAACAGGAUGGAGAAGUUGAUUGAGGAUAAUGGAGAAAAAGGUGUUAAUGGUGAAGAACUUAGAGAUGGGAUGUUGGAUUGGGAGAGGGCUUAUUGGGGGGUUGUCGCUGCGAGGGGUCUUGGGUUUUUGAUGGCUGUUGUCGGGAUUUGGGGGGAUGGUGCUUGA